CAGGCAACACCGCAUAGUUCAAAUCGCCCACGUUUCCUUAACCUUACUUUUUUAAAACAAAUUUCUUUGUAUUUUCAGUUUUUAAUUGAUUUUACUAAAACUAAUAGACAAACAUAAUGCAAAACAACUAAAAUGGCCGCAAGACAUUACUUGAAACACAUAAAUAAAAAAAUUGAGGAUUUAAAGAUACCGGAUUUUUUCGACAAAGAAACAUGGGUUUGUGGUAAAACCUACGAUGUUAAAGUGUCUCAUAUUUACAGCCCGAGUGUAAUAUGGAUUGUAACAAAACACAGGGAACUGAAUUUAUUUUUUAAGGUGAUGAAUCAAUUUUACCACAAAAGUUAUAAGGACUGGAGUUUGGCCGAGGAAAAAAUACAAAAAGGAUUGUAUUGUACAGUUUAUGUUGAUGGAGCUUUCUAUAGAGCUUUAGUGAAACAGAUUUCGCUUACAACAUCGGGUGUUGUUGGGAUAAAAGUAUUUCUCAUAGAUUUUGGUUCUUUAGCUUCUGUCACCACUGAAAAUAUAUUUCAGCUGAAAGAAUCCAUGUUAAAGUUGCCAUGUUUUUGUGUCAGAGCCAGCUUGUGGAAUAUAAAACCAAAACAUGUAAUGUGGCAACAGGAAGAAAUAAACAGACUCUCCGAAUUGGUUAAAAGUGCAUCCACUGUUGCCAUUGUUGAUUUUAUUGAUACAAAUCUUAAAACUCUACGGAUACGAAUUGGUUUGUGUGAGAACAAUUUAAAUGUGACUGAUUUAAGUGAGAAAUUAAUAAAAGAGUGCCAGGUGAAUAGCUUGAUUAAGAAAAAUGUCAACAAAAUUAGUCGGGGUAAAAAAUUAAAGUACACUUUUUUAGUUAAACACCAAUACCUUUUCCCUAGUCACUAUGAGUUGGAAAACGGUUUAGUUCCAAAUAGUUUAACCUUGUCAGAACAGUUAAGGGAAACAGUUCCUUUAGAUAAACUUUACCCAUUCUUAUACAAAUACAAUACCUAAGUGCCU